CACGGACGUUGUUGCACCUGUGCCAGUCUCUGCUCUGGUAGCAGUCUCACUCACAGGUAGACGGACUCCGGACACUGAUUCAUCAACUACUUUUGUAACAGAUCUUACAGGAUGAACAAAGAGUACACCGAGGUCAGUCCCUCUGAUCCCUCCGUCAACGCCUACACCACCACCCUGUCCGCUGUGAAGGCCGAGAUCGACUACAAGCACAAGAAGUGCCGCUACGUCCGCAAAGAUGGCAAGUGCAAUGUCCUGUUCCGCCAUGUUCCUGAGGAGUGGCUCAUGUACGUCACCGACAUCUUCACUACGCUGGUGGAGAUCAGAUGGCGCGUCAUGUUCCUCAUCUUCGCCCUCUCCUACAUCUUCUCCUGGCUCUUCUUCGGCAUCAUCUAUUGGGUGAUUGCCAUGGCUAACGGCGACACGAAGGACCCUACUAACGCCCCCUGUGUGUACGAGGUGAGGGACUUCACCGGGGCUUUCCUCUUCUCACUGGAGACCCAGACCACGAUUGGUUAUGGUUUUAGAGGGAUGUCGGAGAACUGCAUGGUGGCGAUCAUCGUUGUGACUGUGCAGGACGUCAUCAGCUGUUUUAUUGACACAUUUGUCAUCGGUAUCGCUGUGGCGAAGAUGGCAUCGGCACGGAAACGGGCGCAGACGGUGGGCUUCAGCAACUGCGCCGUCAUUAACUUGCAAAAUGGGCAGUUGUGCCUGUCUUGGAGGAUUGGGGACUUCCGCCGGCACCACAUGGUGGAGGGGAAGGCUCGCGCCCAAAUCUUCCGCCCCAACAUGCACGCCACGGGCAGGGAAGACGUCAACUACAAGGACCUGGAAAUCAAACAGAGUGAUUUAAUUUUAGCGAUACCAACCACCAUCUUCCACGUUAUUGAGCCAAGUAGUCCACUCUACCGCAUGAGCCUAGAGGAGCUUCGGAAAGAUGACUUUGAGUUGGUGGUGUCCUUCACCUACACAGACGACUCGACGGGCAUCCUGCACCAGACCCGCACCUCCUACACGCCCGACGAGAUCCACUGGGGACAUCUGUUCCAAGAGAUGCUGAAUGUAAACCGGAGGUACUACAAGGUAGACUACUCCAUGUUCCACCACACUGCUAAGGUCCUGGUUCCGGAGGUCAGUGCAGAGGAGUACGAGCAAAUGAAGCUUGGGCAUUACCCACGCCUCUCGCCACGCCCCAAGCGCCCAUGCAUUAAUCGCAAACCCCCGACUCUGACUGUAGAACUGGUGAAUGGCACCCCAGAACCAGAGGAACAUGUAGCCACGGUUGCCACUAUUGCCGCAGUUUGCGAGGAUCACGGACAUUUGUGUCUUAGAAGGAGCCCCGUUCUGACAUAGAUGUUCUACUGAUAUGAUGAUGCCAACACAAUGAUCAAUGGCCAUUCAGAAACAUAUGAACUCAUGGACAAUUUGAUCAUUUCUUCACAGGCAACAGUAAGAGCAGGCCAUGUUCUUAGUGUAAUUUCUUGCAGGAAGUAACCCCCCCAAUCCGCACACACACACACACACACAGCACGACACCACAAAGUGGAAUAUGCGUCAUUUUGCUUGCUACGUUUUUUUGUCAAACUUAGUAUCUAUGGUGGAGUCACAAUAUAAUACAAACAAUUAUACAAUGUCUGCUCCUUAAUAUGAUAGAUAGGCUGCUGAAAUCAAAGAGAUACAGAAAAUGAAUAAAAAUAAGAUAUCAUGAUUUUUAUGGAGAGGUUAUGGUAACUUAAUACUGUCAUCUACAACAGAAUGAACUAUAAGUGGUGUUGGAGGGCCAGUAGGAGGCACUCUUUCCUCUGGUCUAACAAAGAUCCCAAUACCCCAGGGCAG